CUGUCAAAUGUAGCCGAAUAACACCCUCCUCCUCCUCCUCCUCCUCCUCCUCCUCCUCCUCCGACCCCACCCGUCAGUAACUCCGACUCUCUCAAGUCACAACUUGAGCAAAACUUUAACGUGUUGAGAAAUACAUCAAGAAUGCUUGGGGGAAGGGUCUGCUCGUUAAAGCCAUAGUAGUGAUACACAGUAGUCUGUCGGUAAAGUACAGUUUCCUCAGCUUUCUGUGAUGUGAGUGGACCCAAACAGACAAGAGGACUAUGAGCGAUAACGACAUCUACGAGAUGGACUCCGUGUGUGAGACGGAGGAUCUGGAGGAUCUGGACGGUGAAGCUGAGCUGGACAUGAUAGACGAGGAGUGUGUUUAUCCCCAGGAGUUUUUACCAACUUAUCAAAGCAUUAAAGAAGGAGCAACAGUCACCAAAGCUCUACUGGCAGAGUUUAAUGACAAACCCGACUCCUUGUUCUUCAACGACGGCGUCAGGAGGAUCGACUUCAUCCUGGUCUACGAAGAUGAGGAUAUGAAGGAUUUCGAGAAGAGGCACACGUUCCAGCGCCGCAAGAGGCGGCGGGAGUACUUUGAAGCCAGCCUGAUGAAGAUGAAAAUGGAGCUGGAGGCGGCGCGAUCUGUAAUAGAUGACAAACUGCUGUUUCUGAAAAUCCACAUGCCAUGGGACGUGCUGUGCACGUACGCCGAGGUCCUGCACAUCAAGCUCCCCAUCCAGCCCAACGACCUGUCCUCCCGGCCCUCACCGUGGCGCUUCCUCUCCUGCAUCACGAAGCACUUCUACCCCAACGAGGACCUGAUCACCAAGGAGGCGGAGUACUUCACCGCCCCCUUUGAGAAAGAUCGUCUGGAGUACUUCUACGUGAGGGACAAAGAUGUCUUCUUCACUGCGUCCAUGAGGAGCAGGAUGGCUUAUUACAUCUUGAGUCGAGCCCCCUACGAAAUACGAGGGAACAGAAAGAAGUUUGGCAUCACCAAACUGCUGGAUGGAGGAGUGUACAAAGCUGCCUAUCCCCUCCAUGACUGCAGGUUCAAUGUCAAGUCUGAAGAGGAUGGCUGCCCCAACGAGAGAUAUCUGCUCUAUGAAGAAUGGGCUCAUCCCAAAAGCUUCUACAAGAUGCAACCACUAAACCUCAUUAGGAAGUAUUACGGGGAGAAGAUUGGCAUCUACUUUGCCUGGUUGGGUUUCUACACAAUAAUGCUCGCCUUUGCUGCUGUUGUGGGACUGGGUUGUUUCAUUUAUGGAUACAGGACUCAAGAAACCAGCACCUGGAGCAAAGAGGUGUGCGACCCUGACAUUGGAGGAAGAAUAGUGAUGUGUCCGCAGUGUGACAGAGAAUGCAGUUACUGGCGGCUGAAUAGCACCUGCCAAGCUUCGAAAAAACUUUGCAUAUUUGAUAACUUUGGAACCUUGGUGUUUGCAGUUUUCAUGUCAAUCUGGGUGACUUUGUUCCUGGAGUUUUGGAAGCGCUACCAGGCGGAGCUGGAGUACACGUGGGACACUGUGGAGUUUCUGGAGCAGGAGGAGCCACCUCGCCCAGAAUAUGAAGCCAAGUGCAUCUACGAGAGGAAAAACCCGAUCACAGGGGUGAAAGAAAAAGUGCCCUAUACAAAAUGUGGACGAUGUGUUCGGGUGUCUAUAGGAAUCGGGACAGUCUUAUUCUGGAUUCUGUUGAUCCUGGCGUCCAUCGUGGCCAUCAUUGUCUACCGCCUGGCUGCGUUUUUUGCCUUCUCGGCUAAACUCCGAGCUCAGGACCUGAAGGAGCUGGAGCCCUUGAAGGAGUAUGUGACGCCUCAGAUGGCCACUUCUGUCACAGCCUCCCUCAUCAGCUUUGUCGUAAUCAUGAUCCUCAACAUCCUCUAUGAGCGAGUCGCCAUCUGGAUCACCGACUUUGAGCUUCCAAGGACCAAGACGGACUACGAGAACAGCUUGACCUUGAAGAUGUUCCUCUUUCAGUUCGUCAACUAUUACUCUUCCUGUUUCUACAUCGCCUUCGCCAAAGGGAAAGCGGUCGGCUAUCCUGGAGAGCCUGUUUAUCUCUUGGGAAAAUACCGGAACGAAGAGUGUGAUCCUGGUGGAUGUCUGAUUGAGUUGACGACUCAGCUCUCCAUCAUCAUGGGGGGAAAAGCCAUCUGGAACAACAUCCAAGAGGUCUUGCUACCGUGGGUGAAAAAUCUGAUUGCCCGCUACUUCACUCGUGUGACCUCGGAGAAGGUGAUUCCUCGCUGGGAGCAGGACUACGGGCUCCAGCCCCUCUCAAAACUAGGACUGUUCCACGAAUAUCUGGAGAUGGUCAUCCAGUUUGGCUUCGUGACCCUGUUCGUGGCCUCCUUCCCUCUGGCUCCGGUCCUGGCUCUGGUCAACAACCUGUUUGAGAUCCGGGUUGAUGCUUGGAAGAUCACCACUCAGUUUCGCCGCAUCGUGCCGGAGAAGGCUCAGGAUAUCGGGGCCUGGCAACCCAUUCUGCAAGGCAUCGCUAUACUGGCUGUUGCAACAAAUGCCAUGAUCAUUGCUUUUACAUCCGACAUGAUUCCACGGUUGGUCUACUACUGGUCUUUCUCUGUGUACCCGUAUGGAGAUCACUAUAAUAACACCAUGCAGGGCUACAUCGAGAGCUCGCUGUCUGUAUUCAACAUCAACGACUUCGGCAACUUUAGCAAGCCCAUGAGGACGCCUUACAACAUCACCACCUGCAGGUAUCGAGAUUUCCGGUAUCCUCCUGGGCACGACAGGCAGUACGAGUACAGUAUCUACUACUGGCAUGUGAUCGCUGCCAAAAUGGCUUUUAUAAUCGUUGUAGAGCACAUUGUUUACCUGACGAAGUUCAUCCUGUCCUACGUGAUCCCAGACGUCCCGUACGCUGUCAAAGAACAGAUCAAACGAGAGAAGUACCUGACCCAGGUGAUCCUCCACGAGACCAACCUCAAGCUGGUGACCAGACGUUUAAAACCGAUCGACGACGGGAUCAUCCAGCGCGCGGUGGUGGACCUGACAGAGGAGCAGAUGGACGAACUUGAUUUCUGAAAGUAAAAUGUAUGGAAGAAAAGACCAUACAGACUAUACUGUAUAUACAUGACUACCCAGUUUUUAGCAGCACCUACCCACAUCUGUUUCAAUACUGACAAACACCUUGUGAACCAGAGACAAGAUUAAGACCCGGAACAAGGUGUGGACUUUAAGGGGCUGUUGGACAAAGAAAGGAGAAACCACUGUUGUAUAGUCUUCAACCCGGUCUGCUGUCCUCACACUCUGGACUCCCGUCAAGGUGAAAGCUUGGAAAAGGAAAAAAAACAGUGCAACUGUCCUCUAUCACAUCUAAGUAUCUUUUUUCUCAGAAUGUUUUCUCAGGAUGUUUUGUAUCUGACAGCACCAGUGCAGAAACAAGGUGUGAGACAAACAAGUGAUAUGUCUUUUGCACCAUCUUAUCCACUCAAUUGUCCCUGUUCUGGGUUACUGUUGGAGUUCAGUGCUAUUUGUUCAAAUCUGAAUACAGUAUUGAAAUUUAAUCUAUUUAGGUUUAGGUUUUAACUUUUUUAAACAACAAAAGUUAUAAAUAACUUAAUAUUUGAGCAGAAAAAACUCAGAUAGGAUGAUGCAUAUUAAGCUAAAUGACUUGCUUGGAUGUUUUAUGCAUUGAUUUUUGCAACCUGGUUUUGGAUGUUACAGCAAAGAGAAGCAGUGAAAUCAGUGCCUCACACUUUGAAGCUGAACCAGAAGCAUCUCUCGAGAGUUUCGCAACUUGCGGGUUACCUUCUAGACACGACCAUUUGGAUGUUACAGCAAAGGGAAGCAGGGAUGUCAAAUCAGUGCCUCACACUUUGAAGCUUCACAUUAAAUAACACCAACCAUUUGGUGGAUUAAGCAUGAAAAAUACAACCAAACAAUCCAAGCUCAAUGUCCACUUACUAUUUUUUUUUUCCAGGGCUUUCAGCCAUAUCAUGGUCUUCAUUUAGCAGAUGGAAAUCUGCUCAGCCGGGACAGUAUGGUUGAAAUCUCCGGAAAAAGCUUGUGUGUAGACCUUGAGUUGGGAUUUUUUUGUCAAAACAUUUGAUGAAUAUUUUCCAGUUUUAGACUACAUUACAUUUUAACUUGGCUAUAGACCGUUUCAACAGCAUUGUAUUGCUAGGCAACAGCUUGGGUCCAUGUUUACUUCCUGUCAGCUGAUGUCAUUCACACACACUGCAACAGGAAAUAAACUGGGACACAUUCUGAAUGUUUACAUUCAGCACUGCGACACUACGCUCCGUCCAUUGAGCUUCAUGGUGGGGCCUCACACACACAUACACACAUGUAUCCAACAAGUGCCACAGAAAUAUCAGUAUUAUUAUAGACAAAAAAUUGCACCACUUUUGAAUGCAAUGUUGAUGAUUGAUGGAGAGUGUUUUUUCCACUUCCAUUUCUGUUACUAGAACUAAAGAGCUGAGGUGAUCAGUCAAACAGCUCGCAAUGUUACACAAGAGAUGAGAUACCAGGAGUUAGUAUAGACACGGACUAACCUGUAGCCACAUAAACUGACUAAAUGUGCCUCAAAUAUCUUUACCUCUGUAAGCCUUUCAAACAUUUUAAAAGUUGUCAUUAUGUUCAUUUUGGAGGGGAUUUAAUAACGACCAAUUCAGAAAGUAAAUUUUGAAGUUUGAUGUUUACAAACCACAAGAAUGAUUUGAAACCGGACGCUCUUGCAAAUGCAGUUCAGUUUAAUUUUUAAUUAAAUGGAUUAAUUGCAGCCCCGUGAAGUGCUUUAGUUGACGAUGUGAGUACAGUCUGUCUUCUCUAUUCAUGCACUUCCAUCUACUGUACUGUUUUGCACUUUUUACUUACAGAGUUCCAGUCCUGUGCCUUGACCACUGCACUGCGCAACAUUUUGACUGCAUGUUAUAUCCUGUGUUAUAGGCAAUACGGUAUUUUAAUCUUCUCCUGUGUCAUUGCUGAAAUCUUAGCUCAAUACCUCUGCUGUAUUAUUGCCUCGCCUUGUGAUUUAAACUAUGGUACUAUAAUCGCCGCGUAUGCAAACAGUAUCGUAUACCAGCAAUAUCUGACGAUGCAUAUCUUUCUUGUCUUUUUGUUUAAUCUCGUCAGUGCCAUGAAAUUGUUUCCCUCGUGUGUAUUAAGUCUUACUUUAAAGACUCUAAAGAUUAAAAAAAAAUUUCCACCAU